CUCCGCGCAGACAGGGCACGGUCGGUGCAGGAGCUCGAGCGCCGGGGUUCACUGCCCCCUCAGCCCCGUUCUAGCCCCCCGCGCGCCCCCCGCCUCUCAGCAUGGCCUCGUUCGUCUGCAGGGUGCAGUUUCUGGACGACACGGACCCGUUCAGCAGCACGAGCUUCCCCGAGCCCGCGCGCCCCCCGCGCUUCUCCUUCCGAGAGGACCUGCCGCUCAGCAGCCAGCUGCCCGCGCUCCACCGCCUGCUGCGCGCGCCGCACCGGUUAGAUGACUGCGCUUUGCAGCUUUCUCAUAAUGGAACGUAUCUGGAUCUGGAAGCUUCUCUGGCGGAGCAGAGAGACGAGGUGGAAGGCUUUCAGCAGGAUGAUGAGUGUGGAGGAGGGAGGGGGAAGAAGCACAGUGUUAUCCUGCGGACUCAGCUGAGUGUGCGCGUUCACGCCUGUAUUGAGAAGCUGUAUAAUUCUGCCGGGCGUGAUCUCCGGAGGGCGCUCUUCUCCCUCAAACAGAUAUUUCAGGACGACAAGGAUCUGGUACAUGCAUUUGUGAUGGCAGAAGGACUGACCUGUCUGAUAAAGGUUGGAGCUGAGGCUGACCAGAAUUACCAGAACUACAUUCUCAGAGCUUUAGGUCAGAUCAUGCUGUAUGUGGACGGGAUGAAUGGGGUCAUAGAUCAUCCUGAAACUAUCCAGUGGCUCUAUGCUCUGAUUGGCUCAAAGUUCCGUCUGGUGGUGAAGACGGCUCUGAAGCUGCUGCUGGUCUUUGUGGAGUAUUCAGAGUCCAAUGCUGCUCUUCUCAUUAAAGCCAUCAACACUGUGGACUUCAAGAGAGGCCGGAAGCAGUGGUCCAAUGCGAUGGAGAUUUUGAGUGAGAAGGAUGGAGUGGACACAGAACUGCUGGUGUACACCACGUCCCUCAUUAACAAGACUUUAGCGGCUCUGCCUGAUCAGGACUCCUUCUACGACCUGGUGGACGUCCUGGAGGAGCAGGGCAUGCAGGAAGUGACCCGCAGAUACAUCGGGCGCAAAGGAACCGACCUGGACCUGCUGGAGCAGCUCAACCUCUACGAGGCAACCCUUCGUCACGAGGACGGCGAUGACGAAGGCCAGGCCCCUCCCACCGGCGGCCGCGAUCGCCGCAGGUCCAGUGUGGGCGGGGUGGAAGGGCGGGGCUUGGAGAGACGCCGCAGUCGAAGACAUUCAUUGGGCAGAAUGGGCAGCUCCACCCCUUUAAGCCCCACCUCCCCACAUCGCACAAACUUCCAUCCGUUUAACGGAGAAGUGAGUGAGAGAGAAGCGGUGUGUGAGUCAAAGCCUCUGAUGGUUAUAGAGGAGGAGUGUGAGGAUGAGGAGGAGACUUCAGUCACAGGGUCUGAUGAUGAUGAUGGUGAUGAUGAUGAAGAUGGAAGCUCUAAGCCCGUUAGUCAGAGUGUUAUCAGCACGGUCAGCAAGGAAGUAGAGGAGAGGAGGAAGAGUGCAGAGGUGUCCAGUGGGGGCGCCGCUGAGCAGCCGUCUCUGCUAGCAUCUCUGCUAGCUCGCCGUAAGUCCUGCGUCAGCGUGCCGUCCUGCUCGGAGGUCAGUCCGUCCCGUCCGCUGCAGCGCCUCCCGUACCUGCCGCACUCUCCCUUCCAUCUGUUCUCCUACGACAUGCAGGAAGAGGAGGAGCCAAGCCAGAGGAGCGGCGGCAGGUCUUUCUCUGCUGCUCCAUCCACACCCACCAAACAGCAGAGUGACAGGCCUCCUCUGGGGGGUCUUCUCUCAUCCUCGUAUCGUCAGCAUCAGGAGUCGCUGGCAGCGGAAAGAGAGAGGCGCAGGGUCGAGAGAGAGGAGCGACUGCAGAGGAUAGAGAGAGAGGAGAGGAACCGACACAGCCGAGAGUAUGUGGUGAAUAUGGAGGAGGCGCGACUGGCGCGAGAGGAGAGGUUUAAGACAGUGGAGAGGUUGGCUGCGGAGGAGUACGAGCGAGAUCAUGUUCGUUUGGCUCCUCGUUCUCUCACUCUGAGCCCGACUGACAUCUGUCAAUCAUCCGAUGGUGACACGCCCACAUCGGUAACGUCACAGGACGACCAGGACACAUCAUCACACCUGCCCUGCGAGCCAGAACCAGACUCCCAGGCCAGUCCAGAACCAGAGCAAAAAGAAGAAGAACUCACAGAACAGGAAGACGAAGCAGAAGAGGAGGAGGAAGUGGAGGAGAGCAGUGUUGAUAAGGAAGAAGGUGGGCCAGACGAAAGGGCAGGGCUAGUGGAAGAAGAGGAGGAGGAGCUAGAGCAGGAAGCCCCAGAUGCAGAGGCGGAGGACAGCGGGAUCCUGAGCGAUAAAGAACGACAGAAUGAAGAAGUGAAUGAGAAGGACAACUGCUCAGCCUCCAGCAUUUCCUCAUCUAGCAGCACUCUGGAGAGAGAGGAGAGAGCACACGGCAACGUAGCAGAGACGAGUGAGACAGGUCCAAGCGGUCAGGAGGGCAGCGCUAGUGAGCAAUGCAGCGAGAUCUUGAACAGCAAACUCUUCAUGCUGGACAUGCUCUACUCACAGGGAAGUAAACAACGCUCUCAGGAGGAGGAAGAAGAGGCAGAGGAAGAGGCAGAGACUGAGAAAGAGAAAGAGGGUGAAAGAACUGUUCAGGAGGCAGGAGGAGAAGAAGAAGAAAAGAAGAAGCUUGAGGGCGGGAUGGUCAGAGCUUUUGCAGAACGUUUCGGUGACCUGGUCAAAGGCCUAAGCUCUCCGCCAAUGAUGGAGCAGGAAAGUCCAGAGAAGCAGCAGCAGCCUCCACAGGCUCCACCCCCUCCAAAGAAGGAGUCGGACUACAUCUGGGACCAGCUAAUGGCGAGCCCUCGCGAGCUCCGUAUCGGGGAUAUAGACUUUACCGAUUUGGUUGACGAGGAUGAUCAGGAUGUCUUGGACUCUGGGGAUUUGAUAGGAAACUCAAAUCUGCCCCCACCCCCUCCACCCCCUCCAUGCCCCUUCUACUUGCCCCCUCCCCCUCCCCCACUAGCCCCCGGGGUCAGGCCCCCUCCUCCCCCACCUUGUUUCUCUGCCCCUACACCCCCCUCGCCCCAGCUGGGCCGUCCAGAGCCACCGCUCUUCCAGAAGAAGAAGAAGACUAUCCGUUUAUUCUGGAGUGAAGUCCGGCCGGCAGAGUGGCAGUUCCUGGGCCAUAAGAGGGGCCAUCUGUCACUGUGGUCCAAACUGGAGCCCGUAAAACUGGACACACCCAAACUGGAACAUCUUUUCGAGAGCAAGUCUAAAGAGGUGCCUGCAGCCAAGAAAACAGCAGCAGAUGGUAAGAGGCAGGAGAUCAUUGUCCUGGACUCCAAACGCAGCAACGCUAUCAACAUCGGCCUGACCGUCCUCCCACCACCACGCACCAUCAAAUCCGCCAUCCUCAACUUCGACGAGUAUGCGCUCAACAAGGAGGGCAUUGAGAAAAUUCUAACGAUGAUUCCUACGGAGGAGGAGAAGCAGAAGAUUCAGGAAGCUCAGCUGGCCAAUCCAGACAUACCUCUGGGCAGUGCUGAGCAGUUCCUCCUCACGCUGUCCUCCAUCAGCGAACUGUCUGCCCGCCUGCAGCUCUGGGCCUUCAAACUGGACUAUGAGGCCACCGAGAAGGAAGUGGCGGAGCCUCUGCAGGACCUGAAAGAGGGCAUGGAACAGCUGGAGAAGAAUAAGACGCUCCGCUACGUUCUGUCAACCCUGCUGGCUAUCGGCAACUUCCUCAACGGGUCGAACGCUAAAGGUUUUGAUCUGAGUUACCUGGAGAAGGUUCCAGAAGUGAAGGAUACAGUUCAUAAACAGUCACUUCUGCACCACGUCUGUUCUGCUGUAGUGGAGAACUUCCCCGAAAGCACAGACCUGUACUCCGAGAUAGGAGCUGUUACACGCUCUGCUAAAGUGGACUUUGACCAACUUCAGGAGAACCUGACCCAGAUGGAGCGGCGCUGCAAAGCUUCAUGGGAGAACCUGAAGGUCAUCGCCAAGCAUGAGAUGAAGCCGGUGCUGAAGCAAAAAAUGAGCGACUUCUUGAAGGAGUGUGCGGAGCGUAUCAUCAUACUAAAGAUAGUGCACAGACGCAUCAUCAACAGGUUCCACUCGUUUCUGCUGUACCUGGGCCAUCCUCCGUACGGCGUCCGGGAGAUCAGCGUCCACCGCUUCAGUAAAAUCAUGAGCGAGUUUGCGCUGGAGUAUCGGACCACCAGAGAACGCAUCCUACAGCAGAAGCAGAAGCGAGCCGACCACCGCGAACGCAACAAAACCCGCGGCAAGAUGAUCAUGGACGUCGCCGCGCCGACUGAUGAUGAAGAAGAGAACGAGACUGGUCAGACGGUCGGGGGCAGCAGUAGCAGCAGUGUUGGCGGGAGCAGCACCAGCGCCCCCAGUGGAGGGCAGAGUGAAGUGCAGGGUUUGAGCCAUGCGGAGGACGCAGCCGAGCACGAGCACAUGAAGGCCGUUCUGAAGAGCAGCCUGCAGGGCGGCAGCACUGAGAGCAGUGUGUUACCGGGGUUACGCACACGUACGCGAGUGCGGCCCAGCAGAGGUCGAACCGCCUGGGCAGCGGCGAAUGAGGAAGGUCCCGGAGUGACCGAUGACGCGGCCGAUGAGAUCAUGGAGCGGAUCGUACGCUCGGCCACUCAGGGCCCACGAGAACGGACGCAACCACGGGAACGUAGACGCUCACGCGCCAACCGCAAAUCAUUGAGACGGACACUGAAGAACGGUUUAACUGCAGAGGAAGCUCAGGCUCUGGGCCUGGAGGCCUCAGAGAUGCAGUAAACAAAGACAAACCACAAACGCCAUCAUCAGCAACGUCCCAGGACGACGGACCUGCCGGAACAGCACUGCGGCCACAGCGGGGGCUCCAGAUGAACGAAGAGGACUGUUCCUCACGGCACCGGGGCUGUGGAUUUGGGGGAAGGAUACCGGGGGGCUUAGCAUCAUCGGGGUCUUCUCAAUAAAGACCCAUAUUUACGCUGUUGUGCUCUAACCACGACUCGGUUUAUAUCACCAUGCCUCAGUUAAAAGCAUUGGGUUGGAUGAAAUGUGGUUCUAGAUACAGUCUCACAGCACCAUCCACAACAGAACACCAUUUCGGAUCCGUUUCUCAGUUUAUUUAUCCGUUUUCCUCCUGUGCUCGGCUUGUUAUCGUGUCUUUCAUCUGCAGACUAUCGCUCUUUCAUACCAUUAUAGAUGGGAUUCGACGCAUUUUGUGACGUUUUUGUUUCAUAGCUGAAAACAGUAGAAGCAGAAACGGUUGUUUCCUCAUAUUCACUCAUGUCCGUCCCCUGAAUGUCCUGAGGGGGGCGCACUUUCUCUGUUUUGCGGUUUAACUUGUGCCUUUGAUCAUUACUGGACUGUAUUAGCGCUAAUCCACUACAGUUCAGCUGUCAGUGUGGCUGAUCUUAUUUAUUGACUGCUGGGUUCGAGAUGAAGGGCUGUUACGUUGCUGUAAAUGUUCUGUUACUCUGCAUCACUGUGGUGGGGCUGAACUCAGUCCUGUGCACCUUAUUGCCGCUCAGUACGCGGGAUAUUUAUGGAGAAGUAGGAUUUAUAUGUAUGUAUAUGAACGAAAACAAGGUUUAUACAUUUUAAUAAUUCUAAUUGUUGCAAUUAAAGUGUAAAAAAUUGUAUGGGGUAUGAAUUUCCUCUCAAAAAAACUUGGAAAAGUGUAAAACUUCAGUAUUAUUUUGAUGCCGACUUGUGUAAAUGCCCUUCUUUGUGGUGGAGUUUCUGUUUAUUUGUGCGUUUGUUCCCGUUUUCUGUAGAAAAUAAUAGUGUAUUAUCGACUGAAAGGAGUCGAUAGUUUUAAUUUAAUUCAGAUUUAAGGGCUGAGCCUCACAUUGUCUCACAAACUUCUCCACUCUUCGUAUGAUCUGCAGGGACGGCCGGUCAAUCUGCCUUUCAGGAAAUAAACCAGUAUUUCUGUUGUUUUCGUUGUGUGUGGUCAGCUGCAGGGGAGGUCACUGUCUUGCCUUAGUAGCCACUCAGUUUAGUUUCUCUCUGCUGAUAGAUCCUCAUCGAUCCUCUCACUCGGUUUAUUAUUGUUGGAUUACGUUGGGUUAUUGUGGACAUAUGAAGUUUGCAGUGUUGCACUCUGGGACGUCAUUAAGCAGUGUGUUCACACGUUUCUGCAAUAAAACUCUUUUUCUGAAUCAUU